GGGUAUCCACUCUUACCCACCGCACUCUUGACUAGUGGAGGGUCGUUAACCGAACGGGUAGGAUAUGACGAAACCUUCCAUUAUAAGUAUAAUGAAUUACUAAAGUAACUAAAUGUUUUUCGAAAUUCCCAAUCUUAGUUACUUAGGCAAAAGUGAAUUGAUGCAAUUCCAUGAAAUUACACUUUGUGCCCUUGCGAAGACGUUAGUGGAGCGUGUGUGGUUAACCGGCACACUAAAUGGGUCUAAGCAAAGGUAGCAAAGGGUGACUCAAUGUUUGUCAUAGUUCGGUGGAGCGUGUGUGGUUUACCGGCACAUCGAAUAGGUGACUGUAACAUGUGAGGGCACCAUGUAAGUUUGCGUGGUUAUUCACACCCACUUUGUGAUCCUCGGCAUCCCAGUGACAAACAAGAGGGGCAUAUCGAGAUUUAAACAUGCCAUUGAAAGUUCAGUGAAUCUCAAAGGAUCUAGGAGUUUUCAUAGAUUUAAAACUUAAAUUUCUUUUUCGUUUUUCGUGGUGGAAAUUAGUGAAUCGUCAUUCACUUACCUUCAAAUGUUCUGCAAUUUGGGUUACGACAUCCCUCUCCCAAGUUGUAGAAUAUUGUGUUGGGUCCUAGCCUUAGUAUUUCAUUUGGGUGAUUUACUAAGGACUCAAUCAAUCAACUAACUUGAAUUUGUUUUUUCUCCCGUUUUGUAGAUGUCAAAGUUCGACAACUAUGGUCUUCCCAAAUCCCGUGGAACAAGCAUUCCACAUGAAGAUGGUAUUCCACGAUUCAAUCGAGGAACGAGAAAUCAUGCUUCACUUCCUCCUCCUCCUCCAAUUGUUCUCCCUAACCCACAAGAUCGAAGAAUUGAAAGGUUCAACAUCACUAAAGCCCUAUUGGAAAUGAAACAUGAGGAUGGUAAGCCCGUGUGUGCCCAUGUUCUAGGAAUGAAAUCACACAUUGAUAGGUUGAUAAUGUUGGGUGUGUCAUUCCCGAAUGAGUUGGCUAUGAAUUGGGUUUUGCAGUCACUUCCAGAAUCAUAUAAUGAGUUCAAAAGAAAGUAUUAUAUGAUGGAUCAUGACGACAACCUCAUUGACCUAACUUACAUGCUCAUUGCUGUUGAAUCAGAAAUGAUUUGGCGAAGCAAUGGAGCGUAUUUGUUGGGAGAGUCAACCGACCAUACUUCCGAGGACGUUCUAGGAAAACCGACCUGUGUUUGCUGCCAAAAGAAAGGGCAUUGGAUACAAGUCUGCCCAAAGAGCCUGAAGAGUCCAGAAGAUGGGAGAGUCAAAGAGUAUGACUGCGCUUCAGGAUCGGUGAAAAGAAAGGAAGCUUGGUGAAAGAGCAAGAUGAAUCUAAUCACAAGGAAUGGAUCUUGAUCGCAUGGACUUGAAGAUUAGAUUUUGAUCUUAGAUAGUUAUGAUAGAGUUGUUAGAAAUUUUUCUUUUGAAAUACAUAGUUUUCAAUGGAUUUUGCAUUGUAAGGACAUAUGUUUUCCGCUGCUUUUAUAAAUAAAAUAAA